GAGCCCGCCCUCUCUUCGUCCAAUCUUGCGGCGCGGCAAGAGGGAGAGGAGGCGAACGGGAAGGUACUGCGCAGGUGUAUAGAAAUCCCCACCUGCUCUUUCCUUGGAUUCCCAGCGCUCGCCUUCGGAACCUUUGAACCGAGUGCUUGGGCUAACAGGGGAAGCAUACCGGAAGUGGCUUGUCCAGACGAUUUGGAAAAAGGAAAGGAAGAGGAGGAGCAACGAACCAUGGCAGCUAUGGUAGCCCUUUGCAGUGGGCUAGGAAGGAGAGCGUUAAAGCACUUCGUAACGGCUGCUGUCUGCCUCACAGAUUCUGGGGCUCAUGCAGUGCUGUGGAGAAGUUGUUCACAAUAUAAACAGGUAACCAGCAAUGAGGACCUGCCUGUUCCAAUGGAAAAUCCUUAUAAGGAGCCUCUGAAAAAAUGUAUCUUGUGUGGAAAACGUGUAGAUUAUAAGAAUGUACAGCUUUUAUCCCAGUUUAUUUCUCCAUUUACUGGAUGCAUUUAUGGAAGGCACAUAACAGGUCUUUGUGGGAAGAAACAAAAAGAAAUCACAAAAGCAAUUAAGAGAGCUCAAAUAAUGGGGUUUAUGCCAGUUACAUACAAGGAUCCUGCAUAUCUCAAAGACCCUAAAGUUUGUAACAUCAAAUACAGGGAAUAAAUUCUAUAAAGUUAUCAUCAAUAAAUUUAUUUUAUAGUUGUGUGGUAUUAAUACUGGCUCAAACUGUAAGAUUUAAUAACCUUUGAGUAGAGAACUGAUAGGCUAAAUCUUAUCAAACUAUAAAGUAUUAUGUUUUUAAUUCUUAAUAAUUUGAAAUUAUAUGAGGAAAAAGUGUUUCAAGUGUGAAGUUUCCUCUCCAUAUCAGAAUGUUCAUUAAGUAAAUCAGAUUAUUUAAAAUGUUAAUACUUGUUAUAUUUUACAUACAUAUGAAUUAAAAAAAGGUACUAUGGGAUUUUCACUUAUCUCUGGCCCCCAAAUAGCUCAUACAGCAUACCACUGAUAAUGAGAUGUUAAACAUGGAAGGGAUGACGUGUAUUGGGAUUUUACUUUAGGCCCAGAUUCUGUGUUGUAAAUAGUAUUGUAGGGAUAUGGGUGCGGGAAAGUGGAAUGCUUAUAUAAUGUACAAAUCCCACAUGAUAGGGUGUGGAUUUGAAAUUGCUAAGGAAGAUUUUCUAACACGUAAAUAAUUAUGCCUGGCUAGGACUAUGGGUCUUCCCUCUGUAGAGAUGUUAUGUGGGGAUGAACAGUGGUGCUGUCUGUCACAGGACCUAACACUUACUCCUGGACUAGUCUAUCAUGAACUGGUAGUGUCCUGUAAAUAAACCGAUCCAUAGGCAAUCUGUUGUAUCAUCUUCUCUUACUCCAGUGAUACAAACUGAUCGCCAAAAGAUGGAGAAUAACUGAGAAAAAAUGUCCUACAAGGAUUCUUUUCCUCCUUUUCAUUUAGUACCCUGAAAGUUGGGACAUCAAACUUAAUUAUUUUAACAUUAGGGUUCAGAAUGAACCCCAUUUCCUCUCCUGCCCUGUGCUUCUUAUGUAACUAGUAAAGCAAUCCCAACAGCAACUCAUUAUUUGCACAAAUCAUCCCUGGUAUUAUGUGGGCUUCAUAAACACCCCAUGGUAACUAAUGCAUGUUAACACAUAGAUAAAAGAUGAUAGUUUUUGAUACUAGCUAUGAAUUUGCUCUAUCAUUUAGGAAAUAAGUGAUGGAAGAGCAGUGGUCAACAUGUGGGUUCAGCAUUUCACCCAGUGAGUAAAGCAUGAAGGCGUCAUGUGAUGUGUAUGCUUUAUGGGAAAUUCUGUUAUGGAAAGGAUAAAUAGAAAAAACAAACAGUAAAAGCUCUCUUAACCAACCUCCACUUAACCAACUCACUGGAUUAAACAGGGGCUUUACAUCCUCCUUAAAAAUCACACGGAAGCCCAUGACUCUUAACCUGUUGAGUUCUACAUUACCAAGAGUCAUCUAUUUUGUUCCCAGACCUUAUCAGUUGUAUUUUUGUAGUGAUGAAUAUGAGCAUUAAAAAUAAAGUUUCAGUUGCAGUGAAAACCAAGUAAAGGCUCUGAGAAGACUUGAUAAAGAUAACUAGCUUUUUAAAAAAAAUAGUUGUCAAAUUAGGUGUGGUUAGGACAAAUAAGAUUGGGAAUGGAAAAUGAAAAAACCUAGUAGCAUUUUGUACUUAGGUUGCUUUGCAAAUUUCUUUAAAGAAACUAAAAUUGGGGAUUAUAUAGGGUAAGUAAUGGGUUUGAUUUACAUAGGAACUCCAACACAUUCGUAAAAAAGUUCCUGGCCCUGCAACAAAAGUUUGACGAAUGUACACUUCUGCUUUAUGUUAAAGUGAAAUCUCUGAUAGACACCUUAUUUAUGUAUCAUUUGAGUCCCACUUAACUGGCCUUUUCACCUAACUAACCAACUGCUGAUCCCAAACAUUGCAUUACCAGGCUUUGUUCUGUACUCAAAUUCUGAACUGACUCAAUUUAAAGUACUUUAUAAAAUAAAUGAACUAGAACUUACCUAUGUGUUAUUGCAAAGAGCUGAACAUAGUAAAAACAAUAGGCAUGUUUGGCUUUACCCUUCUUCUGAUGAAAAAUCUCCUUUCGGCCUAAAAGAAUCAAAAGGUAGGAGACUGUGGGUAUUCACCAGAACCGUUCAUUUUCUCAAUCUCUUCAUCUGUUUCUGGGCUGCUCACUGUGGAUGCCUUUUCUUGGUUACUACUAUCAGUAUCUGUUUUAGAUGGUUGGUUCUGUAUCUCUAACAGCCGUGACUUCUUGAAUUGCCAUCCACCAUCUGUACCUGAAGCUUUACGCUUAAUCAUUUGCAGCGCACUACCAGCUGGACUAGCUUCAGGACUGUCAGUAUAUUCCACCAUUAGGGUCAGGUUGUCUACCACAUUGAGAUGGUGGUUGGUAUUACAGCUACUUUUAGAAAUAUGUCUAUUUUUCAAGGAGAUAACACACGAAUGAAGAAAUUCACAAUCGGGAAAAAAGGUCUGUAAAGCUUGACAAAGAAAAAUGUUCUCCUGAGGGUCUUUCUGGACAUUCUUCUCUCCUAAAGAAACAAACAAAUAUUUCAACAUACAGUAUUUAUACUACAAAGGUUUUAUAGUUAUCUAUUUGUUAGUAAAGUCAGAGACUUUAAAGAAUCAUAUUGAAUUAUCUAAAUUAAAAGAAAUGAUAAUCCCAAAUUUAUAUGCCACAAUAUCCUCAGAGAAAAUUAAAGUUGUUAUAUUUUUUAAAAUCAAGGUAGUAUAUCUAUAGUAGUACCAUGUUCUCUGUUCAGUGGGAUUUAAGAGUAUUAAUGAAAGUUAUUUUUAAUCCUAAAGUGAACAAAUUGAUCAGUUAGUGCAAGCAGCUCAUCCAUAAUUCCAAUCAGUGAGAAUUUUUCUUCAAAGCACAGAAAGUAGUGAUAUGUGAACUUUUUACUUACGUGUUGCUUGAAUCUGUGCUUGCUUUCUUUUUUUAAUUUCUCGUUUUAAUCUGUUUAUAUCCUUUAGUAGUUUCUCUACUGCUCUCUCACUGUGUUCUACUUUACUGCAUGUACUCUGGAAAAUAAAGUAAUUUAACAGCAUAGAUAAAGUUCCAAAUUGUGAUACUACAAUCUACGUUCACAAAUAAUAUAAAAUCCUUCAUGGUGUAUAACAUCAAAUAUUUUCCUUUAUAAAAAUUUUAUUUUAUUUUGCUAUUUUCUGGAGGAACUCACCAACAAGCAUUUGUAUGGUGCUUCAUAGGUUACAAAAUGCUUUCCAGAUGUAUUAACUUCCUAUUUAUACAAAGUUUUAUCAUUCAAGUUAUUUCCUAGAUAAUACACAGAAAUAAAAAACAAAAAUAUUUAACUGCUUCAAAACAAAAAAUACUGUACUAUUUUGAGAUGCAUACUUAUUGCAAACAUUUAAGAAACUGCCAAUAACAAAGUGACUUUCACUAUUACAAAAGAAAACUACUGAAGAUUUUAAUUCCCGUAAAACUACUUUUGAAAAGCAGAAUGGCCUUAUGUGUCAUCAGUUUUUAAGUACUAAUACCCUUUGACUCAGUGAUUUCAUUUUGGGAAUAUAUCUUGGAUCAGUAACAAAAAUUUAUAUAACAUGAUGUUUCUUAGAAUAGUGUCAAAUCAGAAGUAACUAAUUUCCAAUUAUAGUGUAAUGGGUUGUUAGAGCCAGUUUUAGUGGAUACUUCAUGGAACAUCUGCCCAGCCUAUUUGUCAUGAACUUGUUCAUCCUGCCGUAAGAGUUCACCAGUAACCCUUUCACCAACUUUCACCCUAGCUGACCAAAGCAGAGAUAAUUACAAUAGCCAAUUGGCAAAUCCUAAUCUCUUGAAUAGAAGAGAUUAAAUGCAGAAGCUAUAGGUUAGCUCUUUGGUCAGCCAGUGGGUGAAUAAACAGCAAGAUCUGUAAAUACUAUGAAGGAAACAAACAGGCAGACACAAAGGGAGAGAGUUAGUUUUUUUGUUUGUUUGUUUUUUGGCCACUCAGUGCGGCUUGUGGGAUCUCAGUUCCCUGACCAGGGAUUGAACCCUGGCCAUGGCAGUGAAAGCGCCAAAUCCUAACCACCACCAGGGAACUCCCAGGAGUUAAAGUUCUGAUGGCAUUCAAGCUCCUGGUUCCAGUUCCUUCCUAGAGCUCAGUGGCCUUCUGCCCACAGUUCCUCUCACAUACCUCUACAUUCCCUAAUUUAGCCCAAGUUGGUACUUUUUUUUUUAAGUUAAUUUAUUUAUUUUUGGCUGCGUUGGGUCUUCAUUACUGCGUGCAGGCUUUCUCUAGUUGCAGCGAGCAGGGGCUACUCUUUGUUGCAGAGCACGGGCUCUAGGUGUGCAGGCUUCAGUAGUUGUGACACGCAGGCGACCUAGUUUUGGCUCGCGGGCUCUAGAGCGCAGGCUCAGUAGUUGUGGUUCACAGGCUUAUCUGCUCUGCGGCAUGUGGGAUCUUCCUGGACCAGGACUCGAACCCAUGUCCCCUCCACUGGCAGUCAGAUUCUUAACCACUGUGCCACCAGGAAAGUCCCCAAGUUGGUACUUUUCACAUUAGAGUUCUAAUAUACUGCUCUAAGAAAUAUACUGCUAUUAAAAAGAACUAAAAUGUGGAAAGUGUUUAAUUGUACAUCAAAUAAAAAUCAUGACACAAAUUUCUAUGUCCCCAUCACUGUCAACAAUGUAAAAGCAUGUAUACAUUAGGGGGAAACUGGAGAAAACUGGAAAGUGCAAAGAGUUAAGUUACAAUGGUAGGAUUCUGGAUGUUUUCCUAUUUUCUAAAAUUCCUGUAUUAUAUUAAAAAACAAUGUGCAAUAUUAUCAGUGUGUAAAAUGCAUUAACCCCAUUUCUCUUAGUGUGCUCUAUUGGUGAGUAUGGUGGCCAUGGAAUAUACUACUCAGAUCUCCAUUUGCAGGAAGCAGAGUUGACUGACAGUUCCAGGUGCCAUCGUUUUGGGUCCACUGCUGUGCUUGUGCUUAGGUCAUGCUUCCCCUAGGUUGCUCUUAGCCACCGACUGAGCACAGUGAGGAUAUCAGUAUAAUUCUAUUCCUGUAGGAUGCCUUUGCUCAAAGACUCUCCAUCAUCCUGGCUGAAAUUUUUUAGGCCUUGCAGUCUAAAGCUCUUCCUACCCAAUCAUUCUCCUUUCCCUGUCUCCUUCCUCAGGUGUCAAACUUACAUUGCAAGUCUCCCUGCCACUCCUGCUCCCUCCCCUCAAGGGACCUGAAUGGACACAAUGAGGUAGAACUUAGUACUGUUGUAGACUUUUUUGUUCCCAAAUAUUUGCUCCCUUUUUUAUCCUGUAAAAGGGUUAUAUCUCCCUGCCUAUUGCCAUGACAUCCUCUGGCCAAUGAAAUGUGAGUGGAAGUGACAGGCCAGCUCUGAGCAGAAAUUCUAAGAGCUGUUGUGAAUUUACACCAGCUUUCCUGCUCUUUUCCCUUUGUCAUGAGAAGAGCAUGUCCCACAGAUGGGCUGGAUCCUAGAAUGAACAUGACAUUUAGAACAGGAGCAGAGCUGCAGCCAAGAUAUAAUGUGAGUGAGACAAAACUUUUGUUUUCGUAGCCCACCAAGAUGGAGGCCUUUGUUACUGAAGCUAAACUAAUAAAAAAUUUAUGUCUAAUCAACUGUCAGGUUAUCCAUAAACAUAUAUUCAGUGAGCAAUGUGAUAUGAACUCUAUAGGUGAUCUUUAAAUGUUUUUUUAACUUACCUUUAAUUCUUCUUGUAAAGAAGCAUACAGUUCAUUUAUCUUAUGUACCUCCUUUAAAGAUCCAUCUUCUUUAAAAAAUUUAGAGCUGUAAAAUAUUAUCAUUUCCUCAGGCAAAUGUACAGAACUCAUUUAAUGAUAAAAUGAAAAAUUUAUUUGUAGUUGAGGAACAAUAGAUGAUUCUUUUUACUGGCUUUGUAGGGACCAUGAUUUUGUCAACCUACUUAUUUACAGAAUAAGUAAAACCAACCAGAAAACCUAGUUAUCUAUCUUCACCUCAGCAAACUUUUUAGCCUCCUAAGUACUAUUUCCAGGACUCAGAAAAGAGGUUCAAUGAAAACAGAUAAAGACUGAAGGGGGGGUGGUUCUUUCUUGGCAAUAGGAUCAGUCAAUUAUUUUACUGAGUUUAAGUCAUCAUUGAUUGAAAGAGGCAACAUUAUUUUAUAUACCACGAAGAAAAAAGAAAAACAAUUCUAAGGCAUGUUUUGUAAAAAUCCCAAUUUGAGAUAAAUGUAAAACUGUGUCUUAGUAUCAAUGAAAUGUGGUAUUCAAUUUCUAUAAGACACUGUUAAGCACUGUGGGAACACAAAAAUAAAUGAAAUCUAGUCCAUUAUUCUCAUAAAGUUUACACUUAGUAAGUAUCCUGUAGUACCAGUGUUGUUAUUUCUGACAUUAAUUAUUCCCUUAUUGCCCACAAAAAAGUUAUAGCUCAGCAGUCUACAGUGUGAGUAAGUCUUGGCUAAAGCCUCAUUUUUUGUCUUUAUUUCAUAUCCAAUCUAAUUUCUUGCCUUUAAUCUGAACUGCUGCCUUAGAAAAUUACUAUUUUGAGGCUAGCUCCUUAUUUUUAGAAUAAAUAUGUUAAAAUAUGUAGGCUAUACAACAAUGCCCCUCUCUUUUGUAUUUUAUAAAUGGACAGGUGCUAGAAGGAAAUACUGAGAAAUUAAAAGUCUGGUUUACUUGAGUAAUGUCAUUAGUCAGUUUUCCUUUCAUUUUUAUUCUUGUGUAAUAAAAAAAAUUAACUUCAAAAAAUGAAUAGGAGUUAAGUUUAGUGGGGAAGCAGUUGAGAAAUCUCACCUGUGUGUUUUUACUGCUCGACUAAAACCAGUGGACAUACAGGAAUCAGAUACAGUUUUAUAACCCAGUUGUUCAGACAUGCCCAAAUUGGCCACCACUAAAGGUAUCCUAUGAAAAAGCCUGAAGAAAUAAAAUUUUUAAAAAUAAAUUUAAAAUAAAGUGAAAGAUUAGCAUCUACUUAUUAGUAUAUAGACUACCUUUCCCCUACAAGAUUAAAAAACAAAACCCCAUUCCUUACUACUUAUCCAUGACAGAAUUUACUGACUUGAGGCAAAUAGCUUUUAAAAACUGUGAAAUGUGCAUAGUGUAAGAUAACUGUGAAAAAAUACUUUAAUGGUUAUUUUAACUGAUCACCACAUGUAAAAAUAAAGGCAGUAUUGUUGCGAUUCAUCCUGUCUUUCGUGAAUGAUAAAACUACUCUUCCU